AUGGUAACGUCCGAAAUAGUGCUCAAUCUCGGCAACGAAUAUGAGACGAAUAUAUUGAGUGUCAAAUGCCGUACUAACGGGCUGUUAGAACUGCGCGAAGGGAGCGCAGGCACGUGUCAUCUGCACGUCAUCCCGAUUGGCGCAAGCGGAAAUUGUAUGCGGCGAUGCGAGCUUUGUCGUUCCAUGCAACGUAGACGUUUCACAAAGGUCCGCAUAAAUAGCCGAUGUUCUGUUUCAUGCGGACCUGUACUGUCCACAUUCGAAAUAGGCGGAAUCCUAAAAUUUACGCAUUCUCUAGAAGAAUUGGUAAGCUCACGGAUCGAAGGUCUAACAAACAGCUUUCAAGGCAUAGAGUUCCCCGACGUAUUCCAUAUUGCCAACGUUUUCGCUCAGUGGUUUAAGACCCUACUCCGGCAAUAG